AUGGCAUCGGACAUUGAAGACUGCAAUUGCCAUAACAAUCCGGAGUGUGUUGAAAUCUUACCUACAGUUUUGCUAGGACUCAGAUCAAGCAUCAAGGAGGACAUCAAAGCAUCUUCUGCGGAACUGCUUUAUGGAACUACACUACGUAUUCCUGAUAAGUUUUUCAUAGAUGUUCAACCAACUAACCAAUCCCGCCUAUUUUUAGAACGCCUCAGACAAACCAUGCGUUCAAUUAGACCUACGCCUGCAUCUCAUCAUCACAAAAAUAAACCUUUUUAUUUUAACAAUCUGAACAAAUGUAGUCACGUUUUCGUAAGGGUUGACUCUGUAAAAAAACCCUUGGAACCCCCCUAUGAAGGACCGUAUCAAAUUCUUCAACGCAUCACAGAUAAAAUAUUCGAAUUGGACGUGAAUGGAAAAGCUACAACUAUCUCAACUGAAAGAUUAAAACCAGCAUAUUUUGAAGCACCUUCUUCUGGCCAAUCUCCAAACACGGAACCAACCAGCAUUCAACCUGCUCUGCGCACAUACCCACGAGCAAAGAAAAAACCCGGAUACAAUUGGAAGAGGCGAAAGCAAUCGCCAGAAGAAGAUCCAAGGCACGAACUUGCUGAGAAAUCAUUGAAAUCUCGACGUGAGUCGAGAGACUGCUGCAACGAGGGCGGCAGAGCGUGUGACUUAGUCAAGCAAGACAAGGACGGCGAAUUUGAAAGGAUCCAGGGCUCAAUCGAUGAGCUCACGGAAAAUCUUAAAGAAACUAUUGAAGCACGCGAGAAAUUCGAGUCGGAAUAUUACAUGGUAUUAAAAUCCGCAAAUAAUUUAUUGCGUCGCGGUCAAUCAACCAAGGUGGUCCCAUUGCAAGCUGCCAAUCAAAGCAGCACUGUACAAUCAAGCAGCACGCAAGGUUUACGUAUAAAUCAGACUAAUAUACCGGGUGUUAGAUUGCCAAUCAUAGAACUGCCUAGAUUCAAGGGCGAUUUAUCCGACUGGUUGAAAUUUCGAGAUAUUUACAAAUCUAUCAUUCAUGAUAAUCCAAAUAUUAGCAAUAUUCAAAAAUUUCAUUAUUUAAUGUCUUCAUUAGAAGGUAGUGCGACUCAAGUAAUUGAUGAAUACGAAUAUACAGAGCAGAAUUACGAGAUUGUUUGGGAAGCGUUGCAUAAGUGUUACAACGAUCCCAAAUUAUUAAUUCACAAUCAUAUAGAAGCUAUGUUUAAGUCAAAGCCGAUUCUUAACGAAUCGUCGGAGCAAUUAAAUGAAAUAGUCGAUAGUAUCACAAAGCAUACACGCGCAUUAAAAAAGUUAGAAGAACCCACGGAGCAUUGGGACUCUUUACUUAUUUAUCUCAUUGUUACAAAGUUAGACAUAGAUACUGUUAGGGAAUGGGAAGAGCAAAGGUUGAAAUUAGCAGAGAAGCCUAAAUUGGAGGAUUUAUUAAAAUGCUUGCGUGCACGCGCUACGUUAUUACAAACGAUAGAAAGAAAAAAGGGUACAAUCAAAACAAAAAAGAUUACUCCAGGAAAAACUAGUACUCUUUUAACAAAAAAAGUUAGUUGUGCCUUUUGCAAGGGAGAACAUUACAUUCAAAAUUGUAGUAAUUUCCUAAAAUUAUCACCACAAGAAAGAUCAGAAAAAGUAAAACAAUUAAGGUUAUGUACAAAUUGCCUCAGAAAGGGUCAUUAUUCAGAGUGCACUUUCAGAGCGUGCCGAAAAUGCAACAGUAAGCAUAAUUCAUUACUACAUUUCGAAAGGGGAGACCAAUCAGAUACGAAGGAAUCCACUGCAGCAACUAUGUGUGCGGCAAAUCACGCUAAGGUAUUUAAUGAACCCAAUGUAAUUCUUGCAACGGCUUUAGUAGGCAUAAAUAAUAGCAAUAAUUUUAAGGAACAGACUAGAGCCUUAUUAGAUUCCUGUUCUCAAACUAAUUUUAUUUCAGAAAGGUUGUGCAAGAAAUUAAAGCUGGAAAAGAUUUUAAUUGAUGUGCAAGUAAUGUCAUUGAAUCAAGCCGGUCCCAAGAUCAAUUAUAAAUGCGAAGUAGAAAUAGUUUCACGUAUCAGCGGCUUUCGAUUUAAAACGGUGUGUCUUGUCAUACCAAAAUUAGUAGAUGAUGUAAUGCCAAAUGAAGCAAUUCCUUUGAACAAUGUGCAGAUUCCCUCGCAUCUUAAGUUGGCCGAUCCCUCUUUCCAGACGCCGGGACAGGUAGACUUAUUAAUAGGCGCACAAUGGUUUUGGGAAAUACUUUGUGUAGGCCAAAUCAAAUUAAGCAACAAUCUCAUUAUGCAAAAAACGCGGUUAGGAUGGAUAAUAGGAGGUCCCAUGAGCGCUCCAGCUCAAAAAGUCGUAAAAUGUAACAUUCUGAAAAACAUUAAUUUGGAACAACAAUUGACUAAAUUUUGGGAGCUCGAGGAAGCUCCGAUUACAAAGGCAUGGUCUCAAGAGGAGAAAGACUGUGAGUCCUAUUUCGUGAAAACUACGCGACGGGAUAAUGACGGGCGUUUUAUCGUAAGCAUGCCUCUUAAAGAAUCACCGAAGGUUCUAGGCGAAUCAAGGCACCAAGCCAAAAGACGUUUAAUAAAUCUCGAAAAAAGACUGAAAGGAACUCCUGAACUUAGUAGUAGCUAUCUUUAA